AUGUCAUUCCUUGCCCGUCAAAGGCCGAGUGCUCGGAUUGGUCGAUUCUUUAGCCGACAUGCCAAUUGCUCGAUACCAUGUUCUCCAUACAGCAGUGUUGCGACGUCACGGCCCUUUCGGGUUGCAGUCAUUGGCUCAGGGCCGGCCGGGUUUUAUGCUGCAUACAGGCUGAUGGGAAAGGUACCGGAAGCCGUUAUAGAUAUGUACGAACAGCUACCGGUGCCAUUUGGCCUAGUUCGCUACGGCGUUGCUCCAGACCAUCCAGAGGUCAAGAACUGCCAGGAUAAAUUCACCGAGGUUGCGGCAUCUCCACGGUUCAAUUUCAUCGGCAACAUCGCGCUGGGCAGUGGUCUUCCGCUGAGCUCUCUGAAACCACAUUAUGAUGCCAUUCUCUUCUCGUACGGAGCUUCCAAGGACCGCGAGCUAGGACUACCAAACGAGAGGACGCUUUCGGGAAUUUUCUCCGCUAGAGCAUUUGUUGGAUGGUAUAACGGGUUGCCAGAAUAUAAGAACCUGCUGCCCGACCUAGCUAGCGGAGAGGAUGCGGUUAUAAUUGGACAGGGUAAUGUAGCUCUUGAUGUUGCGAGAGUGUUGCUAUCUGAUGUGGAUGCCCUACGGAAAACAGACAUGUCUGAACAUGCACUUGAAGAACUGUCAAAAAGCAGAGUGAAGAGGGUGAGAGUGGUUGGCCGUCGUGGACCUAUGCAGGCCGCUUUCACUAUUAAAGAGGUCCGGGAACUCAUGCAAUUACCUUCAACCGGCUUUGAACCUAUACCCAGUGCCUUACUUCCCCCCGAUUCAAUAAUAUCUGGGCUCCCAAGAGCGAAUAAACGAAUCACCCAACUCCUUGCCAAAGGCUCGUCCACCAAUCUUGAAAGCUCGACCAAAAAAUGGUCUCUUGAUUUCCUUCUUUCUCCUCGCUCAUUCCACUCCUCACCCGAAGAUCCUGGCAGUUUGUCACAUAUUACUUUCACUCGCAACCAGCUUGACCCUGCCGACCCUUAUUCUCCCUCAGCAUCCGUCUCACCCCUUUUGGCGGAUGAUGGAAAGACAGCCCAUAUAAAUAUACCGGCGAACCUAUGCUUUAGGAGUAUAGGGUACAAAUCAUGUCCGCUCCCGGGACUCGACGAACUUGCUGUUCCGUUUGAUGCUUCUCGUGGCUUGAUACCCAAUGAUGGCCAGGGAAGAGUUUUAAAUACUAUGCCUUCAUCCGGCGAUGGGGACAGUCUCCCUGCCCACGUACCUGGUGUGUACUGCGCAGGAUGGGUCAAGCGAGGCCCCACUGGAGUUAUUGCUUCAACGAUGACGGAUGCAUUUGCGACAGCGGAUGCUAUUGCGGCGGACUGGGGAGUACAUCGUGAUCGAGGAGGUGAUAAGAUGGAGUUUCUCAAUUCAAGAUCCGGACAUGAGAGUACGGGCCUUGGGUGGGAUGGCGUUCGCCCCGAUACCGAGAAGAGAGGUCUACGACCAACUAGCUGGACGGAUUGGGAGGAGAUAGAUCGGAUAGAAAAAGAGCGUGGGCAGGCCAAGGGUAAGCCUAGAGAGAAGUUUGCACUGGUCGACGACAUGCUUGGAGUUUUGGCAUAG